AUGAAAACUUCGAGGAAAGAGAAAAAGAAGGAGGAGGAGGAGGAGGAGGAGGAGGAGGAGGAGGAGGAGGAGGAGGAGGACAACACAAGAGGGCGGGGAACGAAUGAAACGAGAUGCAAGUAGAAUCGUGACCAGGGAAGGGGCAUAGUGGUUGAAAAUACUCUGGUUUGAAGUGAGGCACAAACUUUGUGGCCGCUCACCAGCUGACUCUAGAGUCGCGAACGGUCCAUGAUUCAAGUCUGGAGAUCACAAGGUAUCUGUCUGACUUUUAAAAUUCGACAAAUAAAGUCCUCUAGGACUCAAUCUGGUGAAGACCACAUCAUUUUCAUCUGGUGUCUGAUGGGCACUUGCAGGAUAAAAUUACCAGAAAUUCAGCUACCCGCUCAAAUUUUAUGACAGAAAUCAAAUCUGCAGACGCUCUAAACCUAACUAGAUCCUAAGGCAGAGUUAGACCUUGGCUUCGAAAGUCCGGUUAACUUAAGCCUUCAUUUCUUUCUUAACAGUCAACGUUAUUGCUCCUAAGGAAGUUAUUCAUGCUCGUCAUUAAACUUGUGGCAUUAGAGAACUGACAUACAGUGCGUGACCGAUCUCAUGAAAUGUUAGCCAAAAUUCUGGAAUGUGUUUCCGAUUAGGAAGGAUUACUUAAGUGGAGUUUUUAUACUGAUUAUCAUGCAGCACAACCCUAUAACAUUUCGCAAUUGCCAGGAUAUCGGCUUUUGAAUGCAGCUGUGUUUGGCCUCCUGCAGAUACCGCACUCGAUAAAAAAUGACUACUUAAGUAGUAUGCAUUUUUCCCACUGACUUUCGAUGGUCUAAUAAAUUCAAAUAUAUUUUAUAAAAAAGGCGCAGAAAUACGCUUCCCUAGGCUCAUUUGAUAGAAAAUCACAUUGUCUUCGUAUUUUAUGCCCAAAGAAAGUGUAUAUUUAGGUUUUAAAAAAGAUUCCCGAUUUCCGAAUAAUUUUCAGCCCGAUCUGCCAUUGCAUCAGCUUUUGGCAAUUUCAGUCUACUAUGUGCGUGCUUUCCCCGUAAAGAGAACCAUAUAUUCCUCUAUACCUUUAAGAAGAUACCAUAUAGAGUUCAUGAAAUUUUUCAAUGGAUACGGACUGUGUUGUACAUUUCAUGAGGAGCAUUAGUAAACGGGCAUGUGCGGUCUUGCAUGUAUGGACAUCGCACGGUCUUAAAAAUCUCAUGAUUAGAAACUUUUUUAAACCAAACUACACACUUUCUUUGGGCAUAAAAUAUAAAGACAAUGUGCUUCCCCCCAAAUGAGCAAAAGAAAGCAUGUUUUGUGCAUGUUUACUAUAGGACAUUUGAAUUUAUAAGACCAUCGAAAAUCAAUAGGAAAAAUGCAUACUACGUAAGUAGCAAUUUUUUACCGAGUGCAGAUUCUGCAGGAGGUCAAAAUGAAGUGCAUUCAAAAACCGACAUCCUGACAAGUCCGAAAUGUUAUAGGGUUGUGCUGCAUGAUAAUCAGUAUAAAAAUCCCACUUAAGUAAUCCUUUCUAAUCAGAAACGCAUUCCAGAAUUUUAGCUAACACGCACUGUAGUCACGUAACUAGCAACUUGUCUCUUCUUUACCGUGUAGCUUUUCUAAAGUGUUUUCUCAGUCCGCAAGAUGUUUUUCUGCGGGGCUUUAGAAGUAAAGUUGCAUAAGCCAUGCACCAUCCUGACACCGAUUUAUCCCCAUCCUCUUCUAAUUUUAAUGCAACAUUUUUAUAGGACCCUCUGAUCUGGCUUUCCUCGGUGCGUUGAACCCGAUCUACUUGAAGGGCGCUUAUCUGGCCCACGGAAUGCACCAUUAAUUAUUUCUGAUAGGAGGGGGUCUGGUUACUCCCAUUCAAUGUAGCCAGUGUGCUGAAGAGAGGACGGCUUCAUUCCUCUUCCCCACUCCCCUCCACUCUUCCCAGCUCCCCUCCAUCCGUUUCUCGACAGUCCUCAUCACGCUUGUCAGCAAAUCAGAAAUAUGUACGCGCACGCAAGCGUCUGCUGGGACGCACAGGAGGGGAGUGAUUUGAUGAACAGGGUGAUGUCGACGCUGACAGUUCUGCCAGAACCCAGUUAUGUCGGCCAGCAAGCUGGCAGACGCUGCCUGCGUACACCAGCUAACUUUGCCCUCCAACAGUUGCCUCCCUCCCAACACUCAGAUUCCCAAGUGCUUUAGAAUGACUUGCCCCCAAUACAAACCAAAACACUCCCGUUCUAGUGGAUGCAUGGGAGGGGCGGGCCUUGACGGGAAGGCGUUUCGUUUUCAAGGAGGCUCCUCAAUGCCGCUGGAGGCCGAAAUGUAUGACUCAGACUUGGAAAGCAGAUGCUGGCAGUUAGGCAACCUUGAAUGCCUUUUCGGUCAAAUUACCAGAAAACAGUUUGCCCUUAUCUCUCAUCAUGUCAAUGAGCCUUGUACUUACAGCCUUCCCUUACACAUCCUCCCUCCUUCCUUCCAGGAUCUCCUUCACAGAAGUCGAAGCGACUUUACUUCACCUGAGAAGAAGGAGGUCGGCGACCGUGGUAGAGCAGAAAUACCGUGCCUUGCCCCUUGCCUUAGAGUGCGCUCUUAGAGCCACCUGCUCAGAAGUUCGGCUAACGGUGUCGCAACUUAGACGCCAGCAGUAAUUUUAAUGAAAUUCUCGCAAAAAUACCAAUCCUGCUUUCUUUUAUACCCAUAUACGUGGUUCUGAGAGUAUUUUACUCGUUAGCUCCUGCUCUCCAGUUUAUCCUACGCCUCAAGGGCUAUCAGUGAAGGAAAUAAUGACCUCGAUCGGAAAUUACCAAUAGAAAAAUUGACAAAUUUGGGGAAAAAAAGUAAAUUUUUCGAAGUACCAGAAACAGAUGAGGCGAGCGAUGUAGCUAAUGUCCCUGACAUACAGAUGCUGCAUUCUGACUGUUCGCGUCUCCAGGGUGUUUAAUUUAUCAGUGUUUGCAUUUGACGCGUCAAAACAAAAUUCAGAUGCGAUCCGCUGGCGUCCUGACAUUUCCCAUUCCGGUAGCGAAACUCAUAUUACAGCAAACGGAAUGACUUGUUGUCUUUCUUGAGGCGUCUCGAUAGCGUUGGACGUUGUCAGAACCCGCCGCAGUGCGCGAUCAAUUGACAAAUCUGUAGAUAGUUUUUCGCAGGAUGCGCUUUCCGCUCUCUUUCAGUCCUCCACCCUUUUCCUCUUAGCCUCAUCAUCAUCAAUCCGCACGUUCAGUAAUCCUUUGGCAAUUCUCUCCACCAUCGAGUUAACUGUCGGAGAAGAUUAGGCUCAGGCUUCAAUGAUGACGAUUAUGGUUAUAAGGCACGGAUGUUAAGAUAAUGUAAUAGAGCUGUGUUUUCCUCCAUAAUUGCUGGCGACGCACUCUGUCCGUUUGUCGGGAUUGUGACGUGCUAUUUCUAUAACUGGGGUCCCAGGUAGCUGUUUUAACGUACUUAGACCAAAAAUAUUGUUGCAUUCUUCACACAAUCAUUCCUGUGGUUUGGGGGGGGGGGAACAAAACCGCACUUACUUAUUUACCACCCAUUUAGGGCACUCCUAAUUUCUACGAUGGUAGGUGACAUGAACCAACAAACGGUUGUGGACUCAGGAAAAAUUCCUAAUCAAUCAGAAACCCGACGAAAUCAAUCUACCAAAACCCCCAACUGUUGAUGGGCUAACUUCAGUUAAAUCAAAACACAAAAUAAAUGUUAAGAGUAUUAUAAUCUUGACUGGAAAUACCAAUUGUUUUAGGAAAUGUAGGAAUGCCGAAAACUCGAAUACACUUAUCAAAGAAAUUAGCUUGGGCUUGGUUGUAGAGACUGUCUAAGCAACCGAUUAAACACCAUGUAAAAUAACGUUUAGGAACCUCCAUGAUUUAUGUUCGACAGAAAUACUCUUCAAUAAUGAAUAUAAUAUGUAGCAUGACAGCUGGUAAAUUGUUUGUUGUUUGACUACGGGGAAGAGUCGCUUAUCUGACGCCGGUAGGACAACGGACUAGGAACGUCCCAUGAUGCAGGUGGCUUUGGGCCAAAUUCUAGUGAACUCAUAAUUGGGACUACGUUUGGGGUUAGGAUUAGACUUGGAGUAAAAUGACGGCUGGGGUUAAAAUUAGGGUUACGGUCAGGGUUAAGGUUGGACACGAGAAUAGGCAGCCCUCCUGGAAUUUAGCGCAAGUCCACCUGUAAAACGGAAGGAGGUGUCCCUACCUCUUUGUACUGCUGCGGCCAUAUAAGAAAUCUCUACCAAUUAUGGGUUUCGAAAAAUCGUCACAAGAAUUCUUUAUCAGUUUUCCCGUUUCGCGCAGUUCAAAAUGCACUUGAGUACUCCAAAGGGGCUGUAGUUUGAUUUCGCAGACAGGGACCUCAUGGAAAUAGACGCUUUCACAGGGCCGCAUAUCAGAAGGUCGGUCAUUAGACAAGAAAUCAAAAUAUAAUUAGUGCAUGAAGUCAUAAGCAUACCAUUUUCUGUGUAAAAGAAGAACUUUCCCGUAAAAUUACCAUGUGUUUUCUAAAAAAUCCGGAGUCCAUUGAGUUUCCUGGCGUCCUUAAAAGGACAGUGGAUAUGUUCCAGACUCCAGUGUUCACGAACGGUUACAAGGAAUUAUGGGUUCUGAUUUGGUGUUUAUGUAAAUCAUAAAAUAGGGCAGUUUUCAAAAGUGUUUACUUAGGUAGCAAGUUGUUGGACGUUUAUUUUUAUGCAACUGAAGGUUUCAACUAUAUUUUCAGAAUUACCGAAAAUGCGAAAGAAAACUUUCAAAAAAAACAGAUUUCCACAAUGAAAACCUUGGUCGAAUGAAGAAUCUUUCUUAAAAACUAAUCUCUCGAAAUAUUGCCUUACUUGAGUAUUUUGCCGAUCAGUGCCUGUUUUUCAUCUCUUUCCAAGUCAACGUUAAAUGCAAAGUGUAACAUUCCGCUCAAGUAAGCACUUCCCUGGCGGAAACUGAUACGUUUUCUGCCGAAAAUGGCAAAACUACCUUUCCUUUUUUUAUUGGAGCACUUUCGCCAUUUCAUUUGCACCAUGGUUCCUUUCUAAGGUUACUAGUGUAAUAAAUAUUGUUCAGAAUGUUGAGGUUGUGUCGUCACGUGUUUAAGUUAAGCACUGAAUGGAAUUAAGCAGCACAAGAAUAUCUUACCACAUGUCAAGCAAGCAAAAUAUCCGCUUGACGGUGGGCCACUUUUGGUCACUUACUGAGUAUUUGCAUAUGCCUGAAAAUUACGAAUGAGUUAAAACAAAACAGUGGCUGCAUCUUAGGGCAUAAAAGUACAGUAAAAACCUCUUUUCUACUGUAAAUAACGCUCUUCUGCACAUUCUUCAUUAUCGAGUUUGAGCAUCCUGAAAAUAAAAUUUCCAGAUCGCGGUGAUAGUUUUGCUAAAUAUCUAAUGUCUUAGUGCUCCAAGACAGCUAUUAACGUAGGUGACAAUGAUUUCUGCCCAAAAUGCUAAGCUUUCUUCUUUGAUAAAAUAACUUGAGAAUAUAUUAUGUAUGGAAGGAAAAGCUCCUUUGUGAAAUUCACAACUACGAAGAUGCCCCGAAUUGAUUGUUUAAAUUUGCUUCAUAGUAUUUCAUGCGUUAUGUUACCUCCUGUUCAAGCAACAAAGCAGAGAAUAUUUCGAUAUUCGAAAGUUCUUCGGGGAUGCAUUUUUCAAAAGAAGACGGACGUUCGUGCCUAAGAUGACGAUUUACGCAAAGAAUGCAACAUAUUCCACCAGCCUGUCAGUUGGUGUUCAAUCAACCCUUGAUACUUACGAUCUGUCUGCGCAUGAUAGCUUUGAUCCGGUGUGCAGCAAGGCGUUCGGCUGCCUCUGAGGCAUCCUCAAUAUAUGUCGGACCUUCCGUAUAUCGGCAGUGAGCCUUCUGCCAAGACCUUUCGGCACUGGUCACCUACUAGUUUGGUGAUACAGAAAUUCAGAUUGUCAUCUUGAUUUAAUUCCUCUCUCCUUAAUUUUGGGGUGGGAUUUGCUCGAGCACUAUGUCUAACUUGUAUGCUUUGAACUUGUUUAACCCAUCUCAUGGAGUACUCUGCUGACUAUGUUCUGCACUGUGAUCCAGCCAAACUCCGCCUGUUGUCCGUGAAAUCUUCUGGAUGUUUUCAUCCGUAGUCCCCUUCUCGUGCUAGGUGGUCCCGAAUGAGAAUAGCGUAAAAAUAGAACGCUCCAGACAGCUUUUUACCGUUUUUAGGAUUAGGACAGUGUGUCUUAGCUUACUUAAAAACCGAAAAUCGGGUUAGAAAAUUUGCAUUAGAAAACGGUCUGAAAACCUCGAAUGAUCUUUACAACUGUGUUCGCACAAAACAUGGGUACUAUUAUCUGAAAAGUUUCGGUCCCUUUUCGCGUAUAAUGCCUUACUUAAAUGUGGUUGCAAUUUUAAAUAGCGUGAAACACAGUCACAGGUCAACAAAUAUUUGGUAGGAUGCUGGUGUUCGGAUGGGCAGAUUUUCAGCCAGCCGCACAAACCACACAUGCGUGCGAAUCAUCUGUCAUCUAGCGUGCAAAGUUUCCGCCAAUUUAAGCUGUUUAUGGGAAGCAGCUUUUAGUUUCUGGAAAGGACAUAUAGUAAUCGCAUUUCUAUGUUCAUUUCGCAACAACCCACGUCUUCUUUAUGUCUAGAAUAUUUUUGCAGUUCCUGGGCUGUUGGGCCCCUAGCCUUUGCUGUGAAUAUGCCCUAGCUAACCUAUUUAGUAGCCCUUGUGAAUCGCUACUUAUUGAUGAGGCGUUUUCAUGGGAGGGUAAACUUUCAUCCAGAUAAUUGCUAUUCCGGUUGCCAGAAGAGUUACUUUCUUUUUCCGUCAUCUCAACUUUCCUUUAGAGAAUCAAACGGUCGUUCCGUGUAUGUUUGUGAUCGCUGCUCGAAAUGUAAAUAAAAUCGUUCAGGAUCGUCAAAAACUUCCGUAGAACUGGAAAACUUCGAGUUACAGUGGCCCUAAAAGUUGCACGUCUGACUGGUUUAUCUAAUCUAACAAUCUGCUGCCAAUCGUUAGGAAGACUGAGAAACUUAAACUUGGCCUUUCUUGUUUCUUCUGCGUCAUGAGUCUAGUCGAAAUUGAAGACUAAAUUCAAAUAACCGCCUCGUAGGGAGCAUCCAUUAGGAUGAUCGAUGAAGAGGUUAACUAAUGAGUCAUGAGAAUUUGCAUUAGAGAUGUUUGGUGGUAUCUGACUGCGAGUAAAAGUGAGUAGGACUAUCUUCAAGGCUCAAUAAUCACUCAUGGAAUCGACCAAGGAGAGUGUGAACGUACUGGCCUUCGCGAGCACAAAAGUCCGCCAUACUGGCGUAGAGUCGAUGAAGGUCGAACAGAGGGUCAUCAGCUGAGAUGGGAUGGCUUUGGAGGGAGAUUAGCAAGUACUCUUUGGAACACCACCCAAAUGGUUUGAAGAGGCCUAAUCAGCUGCCAUGACGUCUCUGGCGCCAAAAAGUGGCUCUGCAGCAAGUCUCCCUCAACUAACCGCUCCAGUUCUCAAACUAGGUUUCAAAACUUCAAGCAGGCAUAGACAGCAGAAGUUAGUGGAACCAAUAGAUUUCGCGACGGCUUAUCAAUUGUAGCCAGUCGUUGCAUAAUACAGAUAAUAAGUGAGAAAGGUGUAGAGGCCUGAACUUCCGAGGUUGCGCUUUUCAAGUUAUCAUUUUAUUAAUUAGUCUACGUGUAGUAUACGAUAACCUUGCUGUUUUAUACUGAUUUUCUCUAUGGAAGUUCAAACCCCUGUACCUUUCUCACUUGUUAUCUGUGUUAUGCAAUGACGGGCUGCAGUUGAUAAGCCGUCGCGACACCUAUUGCUUCCAAUAAAUUCUGCUUUCUAUGCCUGCUUUAAAUUCAUUCCGGGGAAAUAUUGCUUUAGGUCACAAAAGUUAGGAAGUUAGAACUUUGAAAUUUCAUGUAUAUCGUCAAGGCGACGACCAACUGUUCUUCUCUGACAGUUCUUACUAUUUUUAAGAAACAUCUGUUGUGUUUAGAAGCCUUUUGGCUGUUUCCGAGCCAAUCCUCGUAACCUCUUUAUCGAUCAUCCAAGGAGACACCCCACAGCCCAUUUGUUUUAAAUUCAGUCCCUAUUCUGAAUGCGUUAACUCGCAACGCGACAGACCUCAAUAUCUCACGCGAAGUGGGAGGGAUCAUAUACGCCGAAGUCAGUGACCAAUCCCAUGAAAGUUUAACCGGAAUUUCGGAAUGCGUGUUCGAUUGGGAAGGAUUACCUUAGUUCGAUUGUCAUAUUGAUUAUCCUAUAACUUAGUCCUAAGACAUCCCAUUCACACCAGGAUGCCAGUUUGCGAGGGCGCUUCUUUUCGGCAGCCUGCAAACACCACUUUCGGUAAAAAAAAACGACUGCUUAAGUAGCAGGAAAUUUUCCAAAUUUUUUCAAUGCUCCUGCAAAUUCAAGUGUGUUUUAUAGUAAACAUGUUCAAAAACAUCUCUUUUGGUACUCACUGGAUAGUAAAUCACGUUUUUUGAAGUUUGUGCUCAAAGGAAUCACACAUUUUGAUAAGGAAAAAGUUUUAAUUCUCACAUAAUUUUGAGCCUGGUGUGGCGUUUCGCUUGUCUUUAAGGUUUAGAGUCUGUAAUUUGUAUCCUUUCCGUGUGAGGAGAAUCCCGCAUUCAUCUAUGCCAUCUGCAAAAGAUACCAUAGAAGGAGCCCAAAAUUUUGAAAUCGAUGCGAAAUGUUUAGUAUACGCUAUAUGGAGCAUUUCUAAACGGACAUGCACGAUGCUGUCUGAAUGGGCAUUUCAUGGGUUUCAGAAAUUCCAUAAUUGCGAACCUCUUUAAAGUCGAAAAACACGUUUUCUGCGGGUAAAAAAUUAAGUAAAAAGGGAUUUACUUGCAAAUGUGAACCAGGAAGGACACUUCUGAAAAUAGAUGAGAAAAAACUCAUACAAUUUAAGCAACUAAUUUUUAUUGACUGUGGGUUUGGCAAGCAGUCGAGAGGACGUGCAUCCAAAAGCCGAAAGCCUGUCGUGAUUGAAAUAUUUUAGACUAAUACUUUGCGAUAAACAAAAUUUUGACCCCAUUUGAGUAUUCCUUCCUAAUCAAAAAUGCACCUCAGAAUUUCUAUUAGGAUUUUGCCACUGACCGUACAUUACUUUUCCUCCAAACUUAAUAUUGCGAGAAUUCCCACUAAAGCAUUCAGCAGAUUAUCUAGCGAGCGCGCGUUUUCCUUCGGCAAAUUCUCAAUUGGCCUAUAUAUUUAUAAGGUAUCAGGGUCACUGAAAGAUGUGAGCAGUUAGAUAAAUCCAAUUAUGUAUAUCAUUUCACGCCAGCUGGUAAGGAAUAUGCGACAGUAAGUAGAUACAGUCAGAAUUAUCUAACCAGGUCAGGAUUGAUAGUGUAGGGUUUAGAAGAGCAUUGUCCGGGGGAGGUGGAAGAAGGCGCAGAAGAUUGCACACAGUUAACAGGUUAAAUAACUUUUCGCCACGUUAAGUACGAGACCUGCGCGAACUUUUCGUGUGUCCACAGGGCUGACUUAGGUAACCUGAUUGCCGCUAUUUCUAUUCUUGCAAGUACACGCUGUCCUAUUAGUCUUGGAUAGUUCAGUGGGACCCUGCAAAUCGCUCGGAAGACUUCACUGGGGUCCACGUGAUGCGCAGGAUCAAUUAUAUGCACGAGAAUGCAGCUGCCUGCGCUCCCGCUUUCGUCCAACCUCAGCCAUACCGAUAAGUGCUCGCACAUUGUCUUCGAUAGACGCCGACUCGUGCGACCAGUAUGACCUGCACUGCAUGAGCAAGAUGAGGAGGAAAUACAUUUGGAGAUGGUCUGAGCCGACAACCUAUCAUUGCCUUCUCUCUCUUUAUGUCCUCAAGUAAUGGGUUAACUGUUAGUGGUUUAGUCGUUAACGGCGUCAGACUAGCAAAACAGGGCCUAGAUAAAAUUGAGGGGAGCUACUGUCAUCCACAAACCAACAUAACGAUGGUUUAAUCAACACAAUAUAUAAAAAGCGUAGUGAUCUGUCAGUCUGGCAUAAUAACGGGGGAAAUGGAUAGGUGUCUCGUUUGAAAAAUCUCAUGGAUGACCUAUUAGAUGAUGUGCCUUUUUGCCAAUUUUUUUUUAUUAACGCAGGUCAUUUUCGCCUAUUGGUUUCUUCGAUGAGUUGCAUGGACUUGGUGGUCAUCAAAGAUGGGGAGUUAAUGUCAUCAACAGCUAAAUGUUCUGUAAAUAUUUCCAGGAAUACCUUUGGACUAAGUGACCUCGAUGGGAAACGAGAGGAUACAAUAGUUUCACAAUACUGCGCAACUAGUCAGAAAACCGGAUGUAUGCUCAAUUUUUCUGCAUUGGAAAACGGGACAUUUUUACUCCUGUUGAUUCAACAAACUCCACUACGACCAGCGCUACCUGCCGUUCUGACAAACAGACCUAAUAAAGUAAAAUUACCUUUUUGAUUAACAGAAAAGUCAAAUCUACAUUUCAAAACCUCGCUCGACAUUAACCUCUGAAAAGCCGUCAGGGCCGGCAAACAUUUUCUGUAAGUUUACUUAUUUUGGUAAUAUUUGUCCAUCCUUAUGCCAUUAUGUAUCUCCUAGGGGUCAGAAAAAAGGGGAGUGAUGAUUCCGUUUAAGAAAAAUUGCCGCCAUGACAGCGAGAGCCCAGAAGUGGGAUGCUGGGUACAAAGUAGCUCUUUGAUGGUGUGGUGUAAUCUCGAGGUCCACACCUUCCGACUAAGUUUACCGUGGCCGAUCAUAAUGAAAAUUGUCACUAUCAUAUUUGUAAAAGUGUUAUGCUUCUUCGAAUUUAGUCCCUUAAAUGAGCUCAUUUAUUCGCUGAUGUUGUAGUGUUUAGAUGCGGACUGGCUAAUUCAUUUUGUGUGUUCUGCAUAUGUGUAAUUGUUCAGAGCAUACCUUAUACUCAAAUGCGCUUUAAUGUUUAAUUAUCAGUGGGAUUGUGCUGCCUAUGGAGCGUUUCGCAGUCCUAAACGCGGUCGAAAUAAUUUUUAAGCUCUUCAUGCGUAACCACCAUCUGUCUCAUCCUAGCUCUCCCUUCCAGCUCUACCUCAAAACUAGAUUUCACCCAAGAGAGCUUAUGUUUUAUGCGGCCAAGCUGUCAAGAGUAUCCAUUGCUGACUGUUUAGGAUGUCAGGAAAUCUGUUAAAUUAACAAAUUUUUUGGCCAGCUGAGUAGACUGUGACUGGCAAUCGUUAAUAAACUGCCAACCUUGACGGCCAUCUUUGGAAUAAUUCUCUACCACUUGACCUUGUGAUCGUAAUGCAUACACCGCAUUCGAUAUGGAGGGGUUGAAACAUUAGUCCUCCGCAUUCCACAAGCAGGUUCCUGUAGUCAGAUAAUUGUGUGCUCUUCUGAAGAACAACAACUUUCUCGAUAAAAACUACAUGAGACCCAUAACUACUUUCAUACUUCCAUAUUCACUAAUCUCAGGAAAAGUGGAACAUAAAGCCUGCUUACCACAGAAUAAAAUGCACAAUAUGUUCUUCAUUAGAGUGAAGGAAAGAUGCCGAUAUAUGCCGUGGAACACAGGGCAAACUCUAAUGGACAGUUCUGACUAAUUUGCCACCACCAUGUUAUUUACUCGUUGAGAAAAUGGACGCGGGAAUAAUUUUGAACCCGCUCUAUCGUCAUACUUGGAUUCAGAGUUUCCAAAGUACAAGCCGUAUAUUUUCCGCGUACGGAAAGCCACACAUUUCUCCGCGGUAAUAAAGGGGGACUAUAUAGGGUUAAUAAAAGUAAGCAGUGGAUUUGAUCCACAUUGUUAACUUUACAAGCCGCAUUGGUAAAUGCAGAGACAUGACGUUUUACGAACGGCCACUUCACGGUGUUUAAAAGUCCCACAAUCAGAAACUUUUUAAAGCCGAAUUAUGUCCCUCCUUCGAGUAUAAAACUAGAAAAAGACUUAAUUAUCUACCGAAUGAGAAAAAGAAUGAAUGUUUUUAUGCAUUUUUUCCAUGAAAGAUAACUGGACAUUUAGGGGCAUCAAAAAUCAAUGAGAAAAAUUCAUGCUACUUAAGUAAUCAUUUUUUACAAGGUGCAGUUUUUGCAUACAGUCGGAAGGAAGUUCAUUUGAAAGUUCAUUGAAAGUCGGUAAAUGACAUAUUAUAGAAGUAUGUUGCAGGCUGACUAGUUUUACAGCCCUACUUAAUUAAUCUUUUCGAAACGAAAACGCAUUUCGGAAUUUCGGUUGACAUUUCAUGAGUUAGCCCACCUACUGUAACUCCAGGCCCAAUCUUAAACCCUCCCCCUUAAACUUAGCUUAAGGCCACCAGUAAUAGGGGGAUUCUUAUUCCUGUGUCAAACCCCAAGCUCCUCUAUGAUUAGACCACAGGCUGACGCCGGCUAAGAUGUGGCCCACAAUAUUCAAAAUCACAUGAGUUGCACUCAUCGAUCCGGCCUGACUGCAGGGUGGAAAUGGACAUUUCCGCUUCGCCUCCCCCCCCCCCGGUGCUGGUGGACCCACUGUCAUGAUGAUCACCUCGGUGUGACCCUAUUUCUUACUACAGACGACAGAACGCUGGCGCGUGCUUCAAUGGUAAAGAGCCUGUCUCUAACGCUCAAAUGUUUGGUCGUCAUGUCAUCCCGCACGGGGAUUAGGGUUCAACGGCCUGACGACGUAAACAGGUUGGAAAUAAGUAUUGUGGUCACCUUGUCUUUAUCAAUGACAUUUCUCGAACAGACACUGCUCGCCUCUGUGCGGUCGUGCUGAAGAAUACGUUAGACUAGAUGCCCAAGCAAAACAAAUCACUUUGAUUCUGUCCACUAAACAGGACAAAUAGGUUUAUCACAGAUCCUCCCCUACCACACAUGGGUGAUUUCCACUUCCCACUAGAAGAUUAUGGGUUCAUUAACGAAAAGCAGUUUGAAUUAUUUAGGCAAACCAGGAUCGUUUCAGAGGAUAAAAGUCGACAGAUGUGGAAAAUGUCCGUCGGCAAACUAGACAGGAAAUUAGUUUGAUCCGAAAGAGAAUACAGAGUUUCUGCCUCGCAGAACCUUGUCUGCCAAAAGCGUAGAGGAGUCGCGGGUGUUUUGAAGGGGAAAAUCGCAUUAGUUGGAUCUGAAAAAAAUACAGCGAGGCGGUUCCACAAGUCAUCUUGAAGACAGGCUCAAAAAUGACUAAGUGAGUGAGCGCACAGCUGCCACCACCAUACCUUCCUCUCCAGGAGCAGUAAGCAACUGACUCGCCUUUAAACAAAACUUCGUAAGAAUGGAUGCGACCAAAGGUAUUUUCCCAUGAAAAUGUCUUGUGUGCCGGGCUCUUUUUUUCGUAGUCAACAUUCUCACACGGAGAGACAAAACCUAUAAAUUCAAACGGCAAAAAUGGUUUCGGAUGAUUCAUGCAGACGUCAACUGUCAGUUUUUGACAAUUUUCUACACGUAUUCCUAUUAUUUACGACCCACGUCAGGUUCUCCUUUUAUGUUUAAUACCUCUUCUGUUGAUCUAACUAUUAAGUUGGAAGCUUUUCGGUGGUUAUCUAAAAACAACUCCUAGGGUAAAAUUUAUUCCAAUAAGGCUAACAAAAUACAAACAUCUUUAAAUGCUAACCCUAAUAAUUAUGCUGACAUUCAGUAAAACCGAAUAUCCGUAAAGCCCAAUACUCGGAAAUAAUGAACUCAACAAGGCACAAAAAUUGGAGAGCAAGCGGGUUGUCGGAAAUUCUCUGAAAAUCGGGCAAAGGAUGAGUCAAAGACGUGAAGCAAUCUUCUGAAUCUUUGAUUUUGUUGGCUGGCUUUCUCAAAUACUUUCUCUUCAAUUACUGUUUUUGGUAUGAACAUCAAACGGAAGCAGCUGUUCUACAAAUCGCACACUUAUACAAUAUAUCCAAAUCAUACACGCUUUCGGGUACUAAAGUAAUCUAUUUAUUCUUUAAAGCCAAUUUGUUAAAAAAAAACAACACUUGGUGCGCAUGGAGGAAUGUGCUAACAGGAAUGAAGACGACUGUCUUACCUUGUCGCGCGUAAAACCCCACUUCGAAUUCAUACUUUUGUGAAAAUUAAGCCAAUGCGUCCUGCAUGUUGCGCUUGUAGAGGUCCAACUAUCUCGCAGAGACGUUUUCGGUCAAUGUCCUAGCUCUUUGCAUAAGUUGUUUCUGUUUUCCAACACGCACUUCGACGCUAGGAAGGACAGUGACGUAGUUCAAGACGGAACCUUUAUGGCACUCCCACUACGUGGGAUCCGAGUAGGGCGUUUGCGGCACGCCUGAGUGCGGCUUCGGCCGUGCCAGCCUCCAAUCUCUGUUGUGUUGGUUGAAAUCCUGGUUAUUUGUUGUGUGGACCAGGGGGUGUAGAGUGGAGCUCCAAGGUGGGGCUAGACCGUGUCAUCCACCUGCGCCCUCCCCCGUCUGCGGUCUUCUUGACUCUGUCUUGAUACCGGAUCCAGGUGGGGGAGGAAGAGAUGCAGCGUAAGUCCACUCUCACUAUAAAUCCUGCGCAAGUCACUGUCCCUGCCCCACCCUGCUGUGGAGCAUACGGUCGAAAUCGUCGAAACCGACGGUCGAACUCUCAUAUGGUGCCCCUCAGGGGAGAGGCUGAGAGGUCCCAACAACGCAGUCAUACAUCCUGACCCAACUGUGAAAAACUCGGCGACCUCGGUGGGAUUCGAACCCACGACAGCACGGUGUAGGCUUGAGCACAGCCAAUGCUCCAGUCGCCUAAGCUGCAAGGCCCCGCCGGCGGCCACGAGUCACAAUUCCAUCAAUGUCGCCGAUUGUUUCACAGUUGGGUCAAAGAACAUUAUCCAGUAAUUGUUCUCAGCUGUAUCUGGUGCCUAUGUCCAGUAGAAAAGCAAGGCAGAAAACUUCAAAAGGCCGAGUACGAUUCAUUUUUAGUGUGCUGUGUUGCCAAGAUGGUAAAGUGGGGAUGCUACUGUUGGCGAGACAAACAGACCUAGUUGGGAUACUAAUUCAUCUAAGAGUGUUGUUUUUUGCUGUCAAAACAACGAGGAGGGGGGUGCGAGGCGGGAAUUUCCACAAAACGGCCAGUAAGACUCACCAGAGCACUACCUACUAGCGAAGUCCUUACAUUGAUUGUUUCUUACUAAAUUACAAAUUUAUUUCAAUUGGACUGGAUUACCGUCGGACCCUGAGUGGCAAAAAUUGUGAUUUAUAACAUGCCCUCUCGGUCAGAAAAACUAAAACAUUCGCCAUCCGUGAAUUAUUUUUGUUGGGCAUCCGUAUCACACCUCAUUAGUGUACUUUCCACAAACAUCUGUCGGCCAUCUGGCACUUAAAAUAGCAGGCGGGAAAAGGUCUGCAUCUGCCAAAGAAACCUACAACGCAUGUCCCAGAAGGAAACCCUUCCCGUCAUCCGCGUUCUGCAUAAACAUCACGGCCGAGAAGCGAUGUAGUAUGAGGGAUGCAGAAGAGAGGCCGCGAUUUAGUGAGAUCGAAAAGCGUGUUGCUAUGUUCGCACAUAUCUUCCUCGUCCUGAUCGUGGUUUUGCGCGCUAACUUCAAAAAACCCGAUAGUGACACUGGAUGUCUAUAGAGUAAAAGCUAACUGAUGCAUCUACCUAUAUCAGGUUAUGUGCUAUUUUGCCUUCAAUCACAUUAAGGUGAUCAUCGUCUGGAUAGAAAGAAACCACACUCAAGAAAGGGAGACCGAGGGAUUACUCCUGAUUGCCCUUUCAUACGUGAGCCUCUGUGAGUAUCAGUCCUAUUCUUAGGAGCCGCCUACCCAAACUUCACUAACUACAUUAUUCUACUGUCUAAUAAAAAUACUGUUCCUAAACCCACGAUUAAAAAUGCAAAUCACAACAUGUCUUGCCAUGGAUUGGAGUAGUCACAUGUUAAAUAGACUGAGCGUUAAUCAUAGUUCGGCGUGGAAGGCCAGCAUUCCGUGGCCCAUAAAGGCACUUGACAUGCCAAUACGUGGCGUUAGCCAGGCUUUCUUAUAAUCCUACUGCACUCAAGGGCACCAGAGUUAAAAGUACCUCGACGUCCACCAACAGUAUUGGAAGCCGCGCAGGAACUCCACCCCCCAAGGUCCGCUACUGAGUGUCAUGUCCAUGUGUUGGUUGAGAUGUAAGCGCAAAUCGGACAUUAAAAGCAACCAUGAAGGUGAGCACGUUAACGAGUGCAGACAACCGGUUACGAAAAUUGAAUAGCUUCCCACCUCUGCCUGCAAUGUAUUAGAACGUCUCAUCUGUGUUCAUUGGAAUGACAACGACUGGCUGGCCGGUUGGCUGGAAGGUGGGGGCGGGGGAAGGACAACCGCAAAGAAAUAGCACAGCGAAGCACGGCAGUCGGUCCUCACAAUUUACUUGCCGGGUUACAUGCAUCCAUGGAAACUCUGGCAUUGCUGGCACACGAGUAAUUUUAGCUUAAAAGGAUACCAUACUAGCAGCACAGGUACUAGCUAAAGGCCCAUGCACGCCUGUUUCGCCGAUAUUCUGCCGCUGCAUGACAUAGAUGCGAGGGGUUCGGCUCAUCAGUGGACUCCCCAGCAUUCCCUGUCUGUUUUCUGGUAGAUACUCCAAUUUAUACUAAUCUACUUCAAGUUCACAGCUGAUUUGUGAAGAAAUUAAAAAGCAACAACUUUUAAAUUGGAGUAUUUACCAGAAAACAGGCAGGGGAUGCUGGGGGACCCACUGACGAACCGAACCCCUCGCAGCUGUGUCAUGCAGCAACAUAAUAUUCUCUAAACACACGUGUGUGUUUUUUUAACUAGUAUCUGUGUUGCUAGUACGGUGUCCUGUUACCCUAAAAUAUACUACUAGCUGCCUGUCGGCAGUUAAGGAAUAUUACGCGUUUAUUGCUUUGACUGAUGGACUUCGGCCCAGAUACUUAUACAUCAAAUUUCGGUCUGCGCCUAUAGACGCGGGUUGUUCUCUCGGCAGCUGCAAAUCGUCUCUGCACUGUAGGAGUCCUGUCAAUCAGGUCGCUUUAACCAACCGUCGUCCAGCCAGUCUAACGGAAUACCAGGCGUUACGUUGCCACCCAUGAACAAAAUAUCCCCAGGAUUGAAAUCCUAGAAAACAACCUCGGUAUAAACAAAAAGCGAGUUUUCUUGGUGUUUUUCUCUUUCCGAUAGUGAAUUCGAGGAGAGGUUGAAAACUUCGGGUUAAUGCUUUUUUGAGAAGCUAAAACACUUUUCCUCCUCCUCCUCCUCCUCCUCCCCAUCACCAUCAUCAUCAUCAUCAUCAUCACUAUCACCAUCGUCAUCAGCACCACCGUGACCAUCAUCAUUUACUUCCUCCCUAUUUCGUCUUCUGAAAAGGUUGCAGUGCGAUUUAUGCGUGUUACCAGAGGCAGAGUGAUUUUGGUGAUCUCCUUCUGACGUAAGAUAAGUAAAUCUAGCCCCAGGUCAAAAGGGUAGGGUUGUCACGGCAAGAACUGUUAAAGUCCUUUGGGAACGGGCAAUCGCGUGAAACUCCUGCCCACACUUACUUCGGUAAGCUUUAGCAAUCCUCAGUUCAUUAAUACUAAUCGUCUUCAUUGAACAUUGCACCAUUCGAAUUCAGAAUGACGUCUGGGUUUACAUGUAGCUGUUAUGGUUAAGGCAACUCUUUCAAAGGUCUUUUGACUGAGUGAGGCUGUAGAACACCGACCCUUACACUAAUUUUAUGAGGCGUCCUUUUCCGCAGAAGUGAAGCGCCUGAGUCCAUGAUGGAGAACUUCAUCCCCGUUAAAGAUUAUUACUGCAAACGGCCAAUUUGGGACACACAUCCUAUGGUCUAUGAUUUGGUUGUGUAGUCAUACUUGCUUUUUUAUUUUUCAGUCAUGAGUACUGUUAACAAAGGGACCCGGUUCAAUGACGUGUAGCCACAUAAGCUCGUUGAAAAAAUCUUGACUAUCGCAACCUUUGCAGGACCAACAUGCAGUGGAAUGGAAUAGUCGGUUGUUUUUCUGGGAACAUCGCUGAGUCAAGGUCGAAUUUACCGUUAGGAUUAACUUGUAGUCUUCUGGAAUCAGAGUUCUAGACAUACAUUCACGUUCUCCGAAUCUACUUCAAUUCGGUCUGCUAAAAAGUCAUUCGCGGAAGGGAUUUAGUGCAGUUCUCAUAGACUGACUGGACACAAGGGUUGCAUCCGUCAUUGAGCCAUAUGUAUUACUGUAUGCGAUAUGAGGCAAGCUCCAGUGGCCGGAUGAUUCCAGAUGCUAAUUUUCAAUAUGUCCCAGACGGAAUGGAUUUAAACCACUGAUAGUAAGAUAACUGGGGCGUACUGGUGACUGCCAGUCGCCGCGAAGUAGUCUGUCGCCUUACUAAAUUUCUCGGGUAGCAACAAACGCCUCCCAUUUAUUUAUGGCUCCGCUACAAAGGGUAAUCCAGCGCGCAAUCGUGAUCACAAGUGGACAUUUCCACCGGGAUGCUAACCCCUGGCGCCUUGACUACUGGCUAGUAGCCUAAGUGACCAAUAGGAACUCUCCUCGGAUAAUGGGUAAGACCCCAUUGGCUGAAGUCGCUGCCAUUGUUUAUCUACCGUCUGGAAGCGAGAGCUGGCUGGUUUUCCUAUGGAAUUUUAGACUUCACGCGCGGUACUUCAGAGCAGGAGGCACUGUCUCCUGCUCUGGCUGGCAUCCCUUGGAAUAAAUGCAGCAAAACAAAGUCUCGUGGGUGACUAGAGCGUUGCUCAAGGGGACUAGUAUAACAGAGCAGUCGAAGUGAUCAUCCUGGCGGAAGAUGUUUAUCACAGCAGAAAAAAACUGGUGUUUUGAGUAAUCACAUGCACACUUGAGGAUGUGUCCGGACUGCCGUGUAACCUUCCUAAUUGAGUCUACUUACAUGCUCGUCGUCGUCAGUUAAAAUGCCCCCUCGCCCUUGUCUUGGGUAAACACUGAAAUCAGUCAAUGGGCUCAACCAAUAAGGUUUCCAAGGUUAGAUGUUAUAUCAUGCAUGACAGCGCAUGUACUAGCUAAAAGCAUAGACACUUGCUUCACUGAUAUUCUUCCGCUGCAUGACAGCUGCGACGGGUUCUACUCACCACUCCCCCCCCCCGGACUUUUAUACCCGUUGAGCAUUGAAAAAGAUGUCGAACACCUUACUGGAGAGCGGCAUGAAGGCAGAUUUACAGAAUGGGUUCGCUUUUUAAGAUACACAUCGAGUAAUUUUAGGCAUAUGCGUCAUUUAUCAAAGACCUAACUUUUCCUGAGACUGCUUAACCGUCAUGCAAAGGCAUAUGAUAAUCUAUACAGUAGGUGGCUAACUUAUGAAAUGUCAACUGAAAUUCCGAAAUGCGUUUUUGUUUCGAAAAGAUUAAUUAAGUAGCGUUGUAAAACUAAUCAGCAUGCAACACGGUCCUAUGAUAAUUCAGUUAGCUCAGAAUGUCGACAUUCGAACGAACUUCCUUUCGGCUGCAUGCAAAAACUACAAUCUGCAAAAAUGACUACUUAAAUAGCACAGAUUUUCUCAUUGACUUUCAAUGCCCUUAAAAACUCAAUUAUAUUUCGCAGAAAACAUGCAUAAAAUAUUAAUUUUUUGCUCAUUCGGUAGAAAAUUACGUCUUCUUCCAAUCUUAUACUCGAAGGAAGGGUAUAAUUCGGUUUUCAAAAACUUUUCAGAUUCCGGAAUAAUUUUGAACCCGCUCUACCGUUACACCUGGAUUCAGGGUCUCCAAACUACAAGCCGCAUAUUUUCCGCGUACGGAAAAGCACACAUUUCUCUACAGUAAUAAAGGGGGACCGCAUAGGGUUCAUAAAAUUUAGCAGUGGAUUUGAUCCAUACUGUUAACUUUACAUGCUACAUUGGUAAAUGCGGAGAUAUGAUGAUUUAUGAACGGCCAUUUCACGGUAUUUAAAAGUCCCACAAUUAGAAACUUUUUAAAACCGAAUUAUGCCCUUCCUUCGAGUAUAAGAUUGGAAGAAGACGUAAUUGUCUACCGAAUGAGCAAAGGUAUGAAUAUUUGUAUGCAUGCUUUCCAUGAAAUAUAAUUUGACGUUUAGGGGCAUCGAAAAUCAAUGUGAAAAAUUUAUGCUGUUUAAGUAGUCCUUUUUUACAGAGUAUAGUUUUUGCAUGCAGCCGGAAGGAAGUUCUUUCGAGAGCCGGCACCCUGAGGUAACUGAAAUAUUAUAGAAUUACGUUGCAAGCUGAUUAGUUUUACAACCUUACUUAAUUAAUCUUUUCGAAACGAAAACGCAUUUCGGAAUUUCGGUUGACAUUUCAUGAGUUAGCCCACUUAUUGUAUGUCUUGUCGAUUAAGGAGUUAACUGGUAAAGCCUAAAAAGCAAUAUUUAGGUCGAUUCCUUGGAAAAGUUGGCUGACAAAAGGUGUGGAAAUAAAUGAAUAACAACCACACAGACAAAGCAAGGUUUUGGUUCCCUCGUACCACCGUUGCCUCGACUUGUCAUUUAUCUGUCAAGCUUUGCAAGUCGGGUUAAUCGGUUCAUACGGCUUUAUUUGUUGCAUUUUUGAGGCUUCUGAUUAAUGAACACAAAAGUAAGGGAACCACUGACUGCACAAUUUGUCGGAGGCCCGUGUUCAGCCCCGCUCACUUUGCUUCUUUCCUUAGUCUUAAUAAAAUGUAGAAGCUUGUCUGUCGCUAGGGUCAAGAACCACCAUUGGUUCAAAGGUGCAUCGGUGCUUUGCACGGCGCCUCCUCACACUCCCGACCCACAUUUACCGUGUUGCAAUGGAAAAAUAAUGUCGGUCUAGGCGCACAAGGUGGCUUGAUCGAAUCCACUUUUGCGCCUACCACACUUGUUGUUUCAUAAGGGCACCGGAAUAGGAUCUUCAGUAAAAGGGUCUCUGUCCUCGCAUAUGCUAGAAUGUCACAAUGGUCAUAUUUAGGAGGAAUCUUUAUAACAUAACCCACGUGUUGAACAAGGCAGGGUGUCCCACCAACUGGAGACCGCUCAAUUUGGAUAUUUAUCGGAUUUAUUGAGGUAAGGGUAGUAUGCGCCGACUCCGUGUCGAAUCUGCCUCACUCAAUUUUGUCUGUCUCAUCUUGUAUCAAUGAAGACUCCCAUCGGAUGUGGUUGGAUUCAUGUCUGAGGGUGCCACGUACGUGCUGGUCACUGCAUGCACAUGAGACCCAACUUUGACGAAUUCGGAUCUCGUGGGGGCGUGAGAUUCCACAAUAAUUACCUUAAGAACACAUUACGUCCACGCAAAUGGAGAUGAGGAUGUGCUUCGCCUAGAACAUGGCAAUGGACGCUGGCGUUGUUACUCGCUUUGGAAAUUCCUUCUGAAAUAGAGCCCAAAAAGGGUUGAAUUUUAAACUCCCCUAGUCACUUUAACUGAAAAGGUCAACGAAAGACUGACUUUUAGCUGGCACUGACCUGUUGUCAGUGACCUUGCUUCAAGUACUCACCAAUCAAAUGUUCGAGAGUUAGGUGAACGACCCAACCCCAAUAAAGGCCAACGCUGUUUCUAAUCAGUGUGUCGUGAGAAAAUGUAGAGGACUGGGACCAUGAACCUCGCAUUCUAGGAGUCUAUAAAGGGGAUCGCAAGCGUCUAAGAUAGCAAUCAUUCUAUAAAAGUAACUUAUAAAGGUCUGGUCCGUCGGUCUGAAACGUUUUAGGUAAAUUUCUAGGACUUAAAAUUUGUUAAUUUACACGCCUGAGGCGACAAAUAUGAUUUCAUUUAAGGUCAAAUUUUUAAGUAGCAGACGUCCCCUUGCAAAGGCCAGAAUCCCAGUGUUGGUAAACUGCUUAACACACUUCUGGAUCUUAAAAACAUUUGAUUGACAGGCCGAGGAUGGGUCCGAUUCCCCACUUUUUGAUAGAAGGUAAACGCGAACCAACCAUCCGAAAAAUUUUUCUCGUUUUGCUUUCGACUGUCCCAUGGAAUAUUCCAAAGUGUAUGUUUCAUUAUAAAGCAGGUUCCUCCGCCUCCUUAACGUAAUGGCACCAUUCUAAUGCCUUGUUUUGACCGCCAACCUUCUGAACUGUUUCCGAGCGUUUAUGUAUAAAAAGACUUCUUGUCAGAUUGGGAAGAAGGUGCUCCUUUGCUGAUAAGAAGACCAUUUUGGCAAAUGUACGUUUUGGGCAUUUCUCCACCGAGCCAUUGCAAUUAACGGGAGUGUUUUUAGCUCUUGUGGGUAGAGCGUAGACUCGCUUCCCACAGUUCCCGCACUCGACUCUGACGACCAUGACAUUAAAUGAAAUUAUCAUUUCGCGCAGCUUUCGUUUUCCCAUUUCCCCCCCCCCCCCUAAUCUUGUCCCCACCUUCCUCUAAACCUGCCCCCAGUAUCUACCCAUUCACUUUGCCUUCGUAUAUGAUCCGUAAACAUCCAUGAGGAGUCGAGAAUUACUACUUCAUCAGUUAACUUAUGAAAUUGCAACGGUUUAAUGGAGAAUCCCCGAAGAUGUCAGCUCACUGGAAAUUCAGAUUCCUAUAAGUAAUGGAACACAAGUUUUGCAGUUUGAUCCAUGUUCAGUUAUAGAAUAUCUGCCGGGAAGUGAUCCAGUAUUUUAUAUGCCCGACUUCAGGUUGGGCGGAUAUCCGAGGUAGUUUGCCUCGUCGACCCCCUCUAUUCACCCCGCCCUAUGUCAAGAACAAACCUCUCAUAGUGGAUCAACAUGGCUGCACUUAAAAGAGCGUUCGUUGGGAAAAGCACCUGCUUGGCCUACAUACAAAUCAACAACUCCUCACCACCUAAACAAGCCGCUCCUUUCGUCAAUGAGAGUUCAAAUCUUGCUCAGUGCUGAGCAACGUCUUCCCAUUUGAGAGCCAAUGCGGUUAUCUGGAGAUAGCUUACCCAGGAAGGUUUCUGCAGACCGCCUAAGACUGCGUUUCACGCAUGCCAACUUCGUGGCUGCCCUGGAAUGCGGUAGAUUGUGGCGACUUCUUGCUCUCUCUCUUUCCGCGCCGUCGAGCAUCACAGUGAGUGCUAAAAAACUUUGUGCCGACUGGAAGGGGUAGUUUUUCUACACGCUAACGUCGGAGCACAAUUAGCUGAGGCAUUGAUUCAUUAGAACGGCUCCAACAUGGAGAGAGAGAAAAAAAAUGCAGGGUGUGAUUUUGGUCUCUCCGCUCAGGACUGUGUGAAAGUUUCGGCAGUAGGAAUCUGCGCAGGUUUUGCCCGGAAGGCGCCAACAUCCGGCGCCUAAAGCAGUGUGACAGCAAAUGCAGGCCUUGGUGAUUAGUUAGUUUCAAACAACUCUCUGGCCACAGCUGCGUUACAUCAGAAACUCCAUAGAAUAGAAAGAUACAGGAGAAGCUUUAAAAAUUAAAACAAUUACAAAUAAGGGCGAGGAAAGGAACAGACUGAAGGAGGCAAGGAAAUGCAGAGGGGAGGAUAAUAAAUAGGAUGGGAAAGACAAAUACGAGGAAGGAGAAAAUGAAAAGGGGAACGCAAUGAGUGGAUCAACAAACGGGAGUGGAAGAAAACACACGAAAUGUGGGCGGGUGCGGGGGCUCGCACAGAGGGUGGCCGAAUAAUAACAAUAAAACUAAUAAGAAGAAGAAGAAGAAGAAGAAGAAGAAGAAGAAGAAGAAAAGGAAGAAGAAUGGAAACAAACAAAGAUCGAGAGAUGUUUGAGAGGAUGAAGAGGGAGAAGUUGAAAAGGACGCGAAUAAAAAUGCAAGCGUACGAACUACCUGCAGGAAGAGGAUUCAACAGAGAGGAAAGCGUGCAAAAAGGGCGAAGCGGAGAGAAGAAUUAAAUGAAGAAGAUGACGAUGAUGAUGAUGAUGAUGAUGGUGGUGAUGAUGAUGCUGAUGACGACGACGAUGAUGAUGAUGAUGAGGAGGAGGAGGAGGAGGAGGAGGAGGAGGAUGAAAGUUUGAUCGAUAUCGAACCCAACUCUACCGAUAUUUAA